CCCCACAAUCUUCAUCAACUACCGGAUAACUAUCAUGUCGAGCAACUCUGAUCUUGCAGACCCUUCGGAUGAUGGCUUAUUCACAGAGGCAAUCAAGGCCCAUCUCGACAAAUGUCAACGCACGAGCUUUCGCGCCUGGUUGUUCGACGUUAGUGUGGCAUCGAACACAACGCCGAACCCCGGCUCCACUCCCCUUUCCCUCUUGAAGGGUUUCCAAAUCAAGCAGUUCACUCUUGGAGUCAAACCAUGCUUCCAUCCUAUCCGCUCUGCCGAUAGCGUCUGGCUCGGCGCCUGUGCCGUGAGGACGUCGCAAUCGGAGAAGGUUCAAAUCCGUGAUGUUCUAGUUGGCGUCCCCGAGAAAUGGAUCUCGUUGGAAAGCUGGAUGAACGAACAGGAUGUUGAGAGCGAUGAGCCUGGAAACUAUAAGAUUCAAAAAGAGUGGUGGAAGAUGACAGCAAAAGUGUUCAGGUUCCUUGAUCUUCCCGGAGAGUUACGAAAUCAGAUCUACGAAUACGCCAUCGGCCGAGACAUUUACCCUACUUUCAACGACUCCCUCUAUAUCCGGGGCUAUGAUGAGCCGUCGGUGGAGGACGUUCGCUUGUUGGGCCGAGGUAUACCAGGAGGGAUGACCUUUCAUCGUGAUAGACCGUAUCACGACCACCCGACCAGUGCAGAGCCACCAAAUAUAGGCCUUAUGCUAGCAAGCAAGCAGUUGUUCCACGAAUCAUUUGAGAUUGGCUGGAUGAACAGUCGGAAGAUAUUCCUGGACCCGGGCGUGUUUGGGACGUUUUACUUCACGGAUGAACCGAUGAAGUUAGAUCUCUCUACCUUCACGCACAUUAAACUCGAUUUCAUGAUGGAGAACUUCAUGUAUUUCUUCGGGCUUCCGACUCCAAAGUUUUCACCGAACUGGCGCCCGGCUGCUCAAUGUCUUUCUACAAAGCACAUGCCUAAUCUCCGCCAUCUAGAACUCAAUUUCCAGAGCACCAAGCACGGGAUUCAGACAGACCCAUAUCUAUGGCGGAUGUUUCCAGCGAGAUCAGCACACGUACUUCAGCAACCUACGUCAUGCCACAAGAUAUUGGUACAAUGGAUCCUAACCGCGGCAAAGAAGUGGAUUCAACAUAUUCCCCGGGUUGAACUCACUGGCUACAUCAAGACUAGCAUCAAGAACGAGUGGGACCAGAUCUUGAAUGACGAGCGCAACGGAGUUCAUCAUAGUGUUGAUUCCAGGUUGAGGGAGUACAUGCGCAUGAAAAACCACCACUGGCCUCCCAAAUGCCACUGCUCGACUCCCUGCGACUUUGAAGGUAUCCGAACCAUCCUUACGCGCGACGGGUGCUUUUGCGGAAACAGGUGCACCUGCGACCCAAAGAACAAGACUACAGCGGAAGAGCGGUUCGAAAUCAUGAAUAGCUAUGUUUUCAACUUUGACGAUUGAGUUCGGAGGUUUCUCGAUGGAUUCAAGGUAAGUAGUUGCACUGCAUAGUUUCAUGGCUGAUUGACGGCGACUCUGAGAAGGACAUCAAUAAGGGGCUGCAAAUUGGGUAGUGGUGUUAGGCUGCUUUGCGCUUAUAGGUAAUGUGUUAGAGAACUCCUGACCCAAUCAUGACUGCAUGUCAGAUUCUACAGA